AUGUUUUCAGUUUUCGUUGCAAACCGCAUACGAGAAAUACAACGGUUGACUCAAGCGACGGAUUGGCGACACGUACCGUCCGGUCAAAAUCCAGCCGACUUACUUUCACGAGGUUCAAAUCCAAGCGAUUUAAUUCAUGCAACCACUUGGUGGAAGGGUCCCGACUUUCUGCAACACAAUGAGAAUUUCUGGCGCGCCAAUCAAUUUCUACGUCAGGAGGACACCUCCGAACUUCGAAAAAUAUACGUUAACAUUGCAGUCGUUGACACCAGUGUCAUAGAAGACAUACUCAACAAUCAUUCAAACCUUGACAGAGCCUGUCGCGUUGUGGCAUAUUGCUUGAGGUUCUUACGAAGACCUGCAGGCAUUACAACACAUUUCGUCUCUCACGAAGAAACCACGGCAGCAUUGCAACUAAUGUGUAGGAUUGUGCAACAGCAUUCCUUUCUCGAGGAGUACAAGGCCUUGAGCAGCAACAAGAGCCUCAAUACAUCCAGCGGGAUUUUGACACUCAAUCCAUUUCUCGACGAUGGAUUAAUUAAAGUUGGAGGUCGAUUAAAACAUUCAAAUCUAACACAGGACGCGCGUCACCCGGUGCUGCUACCGAAAAAUCACGAACUAUCAAGACGAAUCAUCACGCAAGCGCAUGUACGUAGCUUACAUGCCGGCACCCAGGCUACGAUGGCCGCCGUCCGACAGCAGUUUUGGCCUCUAGCAUUGCGAUCUCUAACACGAAAAAUCAUUUUAAAGUGCGUUAAAUGUUUUAAGGUUAAGCCUGUUCAUUCAGAAACCAUUAUGAGCUCCUUACCCCCUAGUCGCAUCACUGUUUCCCGACCAUUCUCGUAUUGCGGCGUGGACUACGCCGGUCCGUUAACCCUACGAGAGGGGAAACGCAGAAACGCGCACACUCACAAAACACACAUCGCCAUGUUCGUAUGCUUCGCUACUAAAGCGGUACACAUAGAACUAGUUAGUGAUUUAAUCACUGACACGUUCUUAGCAGCCUUCAAAAGGUUUAUAUCGCGCAGAGGGAAGCCUUCCCAUAUGUGGUCAGACAAUGGCACUACCUUCGUAGGUUCUCGUCAUCGUUUGCGCGAAUUCUCUAAUCUUCUUGAAAAAGAGUGUAUACAGAAUGAAAUCCAGUUAUUUUUGCGCGAACAGCGAAUAACAUGGAACUUCAUACCACCCAACUCUCCACAUUGUGGAGGACUCUGGGAAGCCGCGAUAAAGUUUGCAAAAUUCCACUUAUAUCGUAUAAUCGGCAAUGCUCAUCUAACUUUCGAAGAGAUGCAGACUAUUUUAUGCGAUGCAGAAGCGAUAUUAAAUUCACGGCCCAUCGCUCCAUUGAGCGAAGACCCCAAUGACCUCGCUUAUUUGAGCCCCGGACAUUUCCUAAUCGGCACUACCAUAGACAGUUUUCCUUGCCACGAUUUGAGCGACAUAUAG